AUGAACGCGUCUGUUCUCAUUGUCGGUGCUGGACCCUCAGGUCUUUCCUUGGCUAUUGCUUUGCGCCAGAAUGGUGUCUCUGUUCGAAUCAUAGACAAAGCGUCCACAUAUCAGGUCGGCCAGAGGGGCGCUGGCAUCCAGUCCAGGACCCUUGAGCUAUUCAAGAUCCUUGGUGUUCUUCCUGAUAUUCUGAAGAAAGGUGGAUUCUGUUCGCCAAUGAUCCAUUAUCUUCCGGGGGGUGAGACGAAGACCACUGAGGUGAUAGCCUACAUGGAGAACACCCCCGACCGACCUUAUAUCAACCCUAUAAUGGUAGGCCAAGACCUACAGGAAGAUAUUCUCCGCAAGCACUUGGCUAAGUAUGGUAUCACGGUCGAGUUGGGCACUGAGCUCGUGUCUUUUGAACAGCUCCCUGAUGGAGUCGUCUCUCGCGUUGUAAGGACUCGUGAUGGGCAACGGUUUGAAGAGUCCAUUCAGAGUCAAUGGAUCAUAGGUGCCGAGGGCUCACAUAGCGUCGUCCGUAAAACGCUGGGCUUGACGUUCCUUGGAGAGACGCGGAAGGGAGAUAAUAUGAUCGUGGGUGAUAUUUAUAUUAAAGAGCGGUUGCUGGACAAAGACCUAUGGCAUUUAUGGGGCGAAGCAGCGACAAAGAGUGUAACUGUCGUACAUUUUGGGACCAGAGACGAGGACAAGUAUACUUUGUUUUUUAUGGGUUGUGAUUUGGAUGCCGCAAAAGCAACAUCCAGCCGGGAGGAAUUUAUCAAGGCUUUUUAUGGAAUCAGUGGUCGCACCGAUAUCGAGUUUGGCGACCUCAUCUGGGCCUCCACCUUCCAGCCUAACGUUCGAAUGGUGAACAGCUUCGGUUCCGGACGGGCUUUUGUUGCCGGAGAUUCCGCCCACGUUCACAGCCCUACUGGUGGUCAGGGACUCAACUCGGGUAUCCAAGACGCUAUCAACUUGGCUUGGAAGCUCGCUCUGGUUCAGAAAAAUUUGGCUCCUCAGAGCCUCCUGGACAGUUAUUCCCAAGAACGCAUCCCUAUCAUCGCAGCAAUGCUUGAUAAGACCUCUGAGCUCCAUAUGAAAACUUUUACCCCCGGAGGCACCCAAGCAGGUUGGGCCAGAGGCUACGAGCUUCGUCAAUUCGGAAUUAACUACCGCGGUAGUCCCAUCAUUGUCGACGAAACCCCGGUUCAUGGCGAAGAGAUCUUCGACCCGUAUCGUUCAGGCAACGAUGGUACUGUCCGGGGUGGUGACAGAGCCCCCGACGCACCUGGUCUCACUUUCGUUAAGGACCCCACACGCAAGACAUCUCUUUUUGACAUUUUUGGCUCAUCGUACCACACAGUGCUCUUCUUCUCUGACGAUAACAUCGCAGUUGUGGAGGCUCUGAAGAGUUAUCCCACCGGUGCUGUCAAGUCCGUAGUCAUUCUUUCCCAGAACCCGACGGGCGUCAUUUCCGCUGACUACGUAUUGGCGGAUGGUGAUGGGUAUGCGUAUAAACAUUAUAAUAUGGCGGAGAAGGUCACCAAGGUCGUUAUUGUUCGCCCUGAUGGGAUGGUUGGCGGGCUCGUACGGGGAAUGGACGGGUUGAAGAAGUACUUUAGAAGGAUCUUUGUGUGA